GGAACGUCCGUUAAAUCUCAAAUUUAAAUAAAAUCGACGCUCGCUGUCGCUGUAUUAGGCGAAUUUCUGUGAAAGUCAAUAAAAAACUAAUGUAAAUGUUUUAUUGUUUAUGUAUAAAAACUUUCUAUAAAUACGUGACAUCAAAAUGUCGGACAGUGACGAGGAUUUAAUGCCAAAUAAUGUUCUUAAAUAUCAACGCAACCCAACCGCUAUCAACGCUAACUCGAAUUUUAAUAAUACAAAUAUAACAGGCUAUACAUUUCGAAGCAAUAUGAUGACAUCUACUUUUAAUAUGCCGCAUUUAGAAAGGCAAAGAUAUGGCAUGCGAGGUCUUGAUAACAGAAGCAUGUAUUAUAGAAGAGAAACAUCUCCGAUGUCACUAAAAAGUUUUCCUGACUCUGGUAUACAAAAUUUUCACAAUUCAUUAUACACUCGUGGUAUGAGCUCUCAGAGAUCUGUUUUUAAUGGAAGAAGUGGAUCACCGGUGUCUAUGAGGAGCAUUGAUUCUAAUGCAAGUGUCAGUGCUGCCGAUAUUGCACUGGCAUUCAAAAAUGUAAAAUUUAACAAAUAUGAUUUAAGAAUGAUAAAAGAAGCUUACAAUAAAUUCAUGAAAAACAGGGUCAGAAAAAAAAUCGAAAAACGACGUAAUCUUAAGUUAUUUUUGAAAGGCAAUAGAAAACGAUCAGGGGAAGACUCAGGAGAGCAAGGCAGUGAUUCAUCGAUUAGUAGUGAUGAUUGUCGAUCAUCCAGAACAAUACUUCACAAAGAAAAUAUACCGAGAUCCAUACACAGACCUUUGAAAACACAUGAUUUAUCACAUUUCAGGACUUCAAUAAAAGAAAGUGAUAUGUAUAAAGACUGUACAAAUAAUUUUAAACAGAAUUCCCUAAGAAAUAUAGUUGCAGUAACUUCUUUAAGGCAGAAUCACAUACCUCAAGAAAACCCUGAAAAUACCUCUGUGGUUACGCUAAAAGAGAGAUUUAAAAAGGGAUCAUCAUUUUUAUUACCGUCCCAAAGGUUUAACAAAUCAACAGUAAUGAGUAAUGAAGCUUCACUAACAAAUUUCAUACCAUUUAAUAAAGAUAAUAACUGCAUAGUAACAGGUGAUAAUAUAAAUCAUGAUACUGAUAGUGAUAAGGAAGAAAUUUUUUCACAAAAUAUAACAAGAGAUGUCAUUAGCCAACAAAAUUCUAAACAACAACGUAAAAGGGUUCUCGAAGUUGAAGAAACAAAUGCAUCUGACAGAAAGAGAAAUAAGAUUACCAUGUCACCUAUAAAAAGGAAUGACUGCAUAUCAAAUGAUAUUAAUAUUCAGAACAAUGAUUUUAACUUCAAAAAACCACAAAUGCCCAUACGAAAAACCUCUAUUGCAAAAAAAGAUCAAAUUCCAGAAAUACUGAUAGCUAAGUCCCGUCAGCCUCUCACUGGAAGUUUGGAAAUUGAGUUACCAAUUGAUAAAUUAUCACAACCACAACAUAAAUUACACAAUCCUGAAGAUAGACAUGCAUUGGAAUUACAGAACAAAUAUUUACUACAAAAUACUGAAUUAGAACCAGACUGCUCUAAUCAAGCAGAAAUUACAUACAAUUCUACUACAGACGUUUCAAUGAAGCCCAGUUUCUUGAAGAGGAAACUCUUUACACAAAAAUUAGAUGUUGCUGAAAGUAAAAAUAUGAGUAACGAUAAUUUGGCAAUACACAGCCCACAAAACACAAUAUAUAGUGCAUGCAGAGAAAAAAACAAAGUGAGAAAGUUAGUUUCAUCGCAAUCGUGUCUUAGUCGUGAUGUUGGGGAUGAUAAUGUUUUGGAUUUAAUACAUAAGAUUGUCCAUCCUGAUCAGAUGAAUAUCACAGCUGCUACAAACAAGAAAGAUUUAGGUAAAAGCAACCAUGAAAAUGAUGAUAAGUGGGAUGUGGCAUCUGUUAUAUCAAUGUGCAACAAUGAUGAGGGUAGUGACACUUACACAGAUGAAGAAAUAUUUAAAAAUACUGAAAAUAGCAAAAAAACCAACAAUAAACAAGUCAAUAAUUCUUUGUUAACUACAGAAAAACAAACAACUACAAAAUGUAAAGUAAAUGAUGUUCAAGUAAAACCUAAAAAUCAAGAUAAAAAAUUAACACCACAAUGUAAAGUUGUGAUACAAAAAUUGCAGCUAAAGCCUAAUCAUUGUAAUGAUAAUAAUAAAUUACAUGAAACACAAUGUCAAAACAAGAGAACUGUGUCCAGCUGUGUGAAAUCGUUUUGGGAUACUGAUUUCGAAAGUGACAUGGAAGAGAGAUCUAUAACACCAUGGACAUCUAGAAAUGUAACAAAGCCAGAUAACAAUAAUCAAAAAGAAGUUGCAAGCAAUAGUUCAAAGUUAAAUAUAAAUAAAAGAAAUGUCGUAAAAGGUACUAUUCUAACUGUAAGAAGUUUUCAAAAUAAGGGUAUCAAUAGCAGUAUGUCAUGUAGGUCAGAUAUUAGUAGAAUUUCCAGAAGAAAAGAAUCUGAUAAGUAUCAAGAAAAAAUUGAAGAAAACAAUAAUGAAAUGCUAAAUAGGACAACUAGAUCUAAACAGAAUGAAGAAAUUAAAUCGACAGAACAAGUAAAAGCGAAGGAUCAAUUAGUACCAUCCGCAAAAACAAAAAAAGAAUCCAAAUUAAAAAGUGAAUUAAGUAAAGACAAGUCGAAUGUGAAAACAAUUAAAGCCAAAGAACCAAAAACAAAUAAACAAACUUCACAGGAUAGAAACGAAUGUAAUACUUCUAGAGAAAGUCUCCGACUGAAGCAAAAAAGAGAAAAGGCUAAUUUAAGUAUCCAAGUUAGUGAAACUACUACCAAACCAAAACGAGGAAGACAAUCCAAAAAUACAAAGGAAAAGAGCAAUGAGCCUGUUCAGAAAAAACAGCCAGUAGCAAAUAAAAAAAAUAAGGAGACAUCUAAUAAAGAAACAAAACCAGCUAAGAACCCUACAAUAAAGAAUGGCACUUUAAAUAGGAGUCGUCAAACGCCUAGAAAAAAUAAUGAAAAAAAGCAAUUAUCUUCUACAACUGAACAGUCAAGUUUAAAUAUUAGUAACAUUUCCAGCAGAAGUUUAAGAGUUAGAUCAAAAAAUGUAAAAUGAAUAGACUGUCGUUUGUUACUUGUCAAUAGUGAUGUACAUUAACUUGUAGAAUAAUGAAUUUUCAACUUAUACAAAUUAAAGUAUAUUUUGAGAUAAGAGUAUGAAAUGCCUCUUUAGUUUUUUGCCGUAUCGGCGGGACCGCUUUAAUAAUAUAUUGAGAUAUCAUGAUAAUUUUUUGAUUCCAGAUAUUUAUAUUUAAUAUACAUCAUGUUGCGUAAUUUAUUUACAAAAGAAACGAAUCGCAUUGUUAUUGGUCUUCAAUGAAUACACUUUAAAAUGGUUAAUAGUUUAUAUGUAAUGUGUACAUAUAAGUACAUUGUUCGAUUUUUAUUCAAUUCAUGUCUGACAAUAGGAGUUAUUAGUAUUAAUUUUAAUUUAAGUAUGACAUUUAAAGACGACCAAUUCUUC